AUGAGACGAGAGACGUACCGUCUCGCCCUACCUGAUAGCCUAGGAGGUCAUCUCUGCGCUGCUAACAGGUAUACAGACGGAAGCGAGAACUCCCCUGAUACGUUCACGCUGAUUUUUGCACACUGUUCGAGUGCUCACAAGGAACAGUUUGAACCGACCAUCGAGAAGCUUUUCGACCUCAAAUCCUCCGCUUUUAUUAUUCGUGAAGCCUGGGCAUUGGAUUGUCAAAGCCAUGGAGAGUCCUCGUUACUAAACGAAGAGAAGUUGCGCGAUGGGUCAGCUAUCACCCUACAGGACUAUGGAAACCUGCUUCACUUUUUCUCGCAGUCCCAACAUGUGUCUGGUCACCGCUUGAUCGCUGUCGGUCAUUCCGCCAGUACUUCUGCUUGGUGUCUUGCCUCUACGCGCUUUACAGGACACUUACCCUUUGUAGCUUUCGUCUUCAUUGAACCGGUCAUGCUUCCGCCACCCAUUUCACCCAACGAUCCCCGUAUCAGAAUGGGCAUAAACAACGUCAAGGGAGUGUUAUCGCGUAAAAACAGAUGGGACGAUAUGAACGAUCUGGAGAAGUGGCUAGGGAAUCGAUAUCCGUGGAAGAUUUGGGAUAGACGUGUCCUCGAGAUUUAUCUAAAACACGGAUUCAAGCUCAUAAACGAUGAAGACGGCUCACAAUAUGUGACUUCGCGCAUCACGAAGAAAAACGAGGCGAAGUUCUACGAACACGAGGAGCAUUUCAUCGCUGGUGCAGAGGUACACAAAACCUGUGCUCUAGUGCCUGUCCAUUGUGUGUUCGGCGAACGACCGGAGAUGGUGUAA